UUUUUUGACUUGGUAUAUUUAUUUGUUUGGCUGCAAAAUAACAACCACAACCCUCAAUUGUUCAGCUUGUCCAGAGGAAGAAGACAUUUACAAUGGGAAAGAAAAAACUUGAUAUCUACUCGGUUGAGAUCAGCGGAACAAAGGAUGUGGAAGCAAUUGGGAAAGGAGAUGAAAAGUACAUCGAUUUGAAAAAGAACAAGAAAAAAGGCAAGGAAGCCGAAGACCUCAAGAAAGAGUUGGAUCUGGAUGAUCACAAACUCAGUAUUCAAGAACUAGAAGACAAAUAUGGUACAAGUAUCAUUAAAGGUCUUACAAGUGCAAGAGCUGCAGAGGUUUUGGCCCGAGAUGGUCCCAAUGCUUUAACUCCCCCCAAAUCUACUCCAGAGAUAAUUAAGUUUCUCAAACAGAUGAUAGGAGGGUUUUCUAUCCUUUUGUGGGUUGGAGCUAUCCUCUGCUGGAUCGCUUUUGGGAUUCAGUAUGCACAGAAAGUUUCUUCAGCAUUUGAUAAUCUCUAUCUGGGUGUGGUCCUUGCACUGGUUGUAAUCCUGACGGGGAUGUUUGCUUAUUAUCAAGAAGCUAAAAGCACGAACAUAAUGUCCAGUUUCAGCAAAAUGAUACCACAGCAAGCCCUUGUCCUCAGAGAUGCAGAGAAAAAGGAAAUCCCAGCAGAUCAACUGGUAGUGGGCGACAUUGUCGAAAUCAAAGGUGGAGACAGGAUCCCAGCUGACAUCCGGCUGAUCUCCAGUCAGGGUUGUAAGGUGGAUAACUCUUCCCUUACUGGAGAGUCAGAGCCUCAGUCCCGUUCCUGUGAUUUCACGCAUGAAAAUCCGCUGGAGACCAAAAAUAUUGCUUUUUAUUCCACAACUUGCUUGGAAGGUGCUGCUACAGGUAUAGUAAUCAACACAGGUGACAACACCAUCAUCGGAAGAAUUGCUUCUCUAGCUUCUGGGGUUGGGAAUGAGAAGACACCCAUUGCUCUGGAGAUAGAGCACUUUGUCCAUAUUGUAGCUGGAGUAGCUAUUUCCAUAGGAGUGCUUUUCUUCAUCAUUGCUGUUUCCAUGCACUACCAUGUUCUGGAUUCCAUCAUCUUCCUCAUUGGCAUUAUUGUGGCCAACGUACCUGAAGGGCUGCUGGCUACAGUUACUGUGAGUUUAUCCUUGACAGCAAAGAGAAUGGCAAAAAAGAAUUGUCUGGUGAAGAAUCUGGAAGCUGUGGAAACCCUGGGCUCUACAUCGAUUAUCUGCUCUGACAAGACAGGGACCCUGACGCAGAACAGGAUGACAGUAGCCCACCUUUGGUUUGACCAUGCCAUCUACUCAGCUGACACCAGUGAAGAUCAAUCAACCCAGACCUUUGACCAAACAUCUGGCACAUGGACUGCGCUGUCAAAAAUUGUAUCCCUAUGUAAUCGGGCGGAAUUCAGACCAGGGCAGGAGGAUGUGCCUGUCAUGAAGAGAAUUGUGGUGGGAGAUGCCUCAGAAACAGCUCUGCUGAAGUUCUCUGAAGUUGUUUUGGGUAAUGUGAUGGAAAUCCGGAAAACAAAUAGGAAAGUGACCGAGAUUCCUUUUAACUCCACUAACAAGUUUCAGCUUUCCAUCCAUGAGACUGAUGAUCCUGAAGAUAAACGUUUACUCCUGGUGAUGAAAGGUGCCCCUGAAAGGAUUCUGGAGAGAUGUAGCACUAUGAUGAUCAACGGAAAAGAGGAGCCACUGGAUGAGGAGAAAGCAGAAGCUUUCCAAACCGCGUAUAUGGCCCUGGGGGGCAUGGGGGAGAGAGUACUGGGUUUCUGUCAUCUGUAUUUGCCAGAGGAAGAAUUUCCAGACACUUACACAUUUAACACUGACACCAUGAAUUUCCCUACUAACAAUCUUUGCUUUGUGGGGCUCAUGUCAAUGAUCGAUCCUCCACGAUCCACUGUCCCAGAUGCUGUCAUCAAGUGCCGGAGUGCUGGGAUCAAGGUGAUCAUGGUCACUGGCGAUCAUCCCAUCACAGCCAAAGCUAUAGCCAAGAGUGUAGGAAUCAUUUCAGCCACCAGUGAAACAGUUGAAGACAUUGCAAAGCGCCUCAACAUCCCUGUUGAGCAGGUGAACAAACGAGAAGCCAGAGCUGCUGUAGUUAAUGGAAUGGAGCUGAAAGACAUGACUUCAGAACAACUGGAUGACAUCUUGAUCAACCAUUCAGAAAUCGUCUUUGCUCGCACUUCACCCCAGCAAAAACUGAUCAUAGUAGAGGGCUGCCAGAGACAGGAAGCAGUAGUGGCUGUGACUGGUGAUGGUGUCAAUGACUCCCCUGCUUUGAAAAAAGCUGACAUAGGCAUUGCCAUGGGCAUUGCUGGCUCUGAUGCGGCGAAAAAUGCAGCUGAUAUGGUCUUGCUAGAUGACAAUUUUGCUUCUAUCGUUACAGGAGUGGAGGAAGGUCGCUUGAUCUUCGACAAUCUGAAGAAAACCAUUGCCUACACCUUGACCAAAAACAUUGCUGAGCUCUGUCCUUUCCUGAUCUACAUCAUUGCCAGCAUCCCGCUGCCCAUUGGCACCAUCACCAUCCUUUUUAUUGACCUCGGCACAGACAUUAUUCCUUCUGUUGCACUGGCCUAUGAAAAAGCCGAAAGUGAUAUAAUGAAAAGGAAGCCACGCCACAAGAAAAGGGACAGGCUGGUCAACCAAGAGCUUGCAGUGUACUCCUACUUACAAAUCGGAAUUAUACAGACAAUUGGAGCCUUUCUGACCUAUUUUACUGUUUACGCUGAGCAGGGCUGGCUCCCUCAUUCACUCCUAAAUAUUAGAGUCGACUGGGAAAAUCAAGCUCUUGAUGACUUGCCAGACAGCUAUGGACAAGAAUGGACUUUUGAACAGCGGAGAAACCUACAAUAUCAUGGCUACACAGCCUUUUUUGUCAGCAUCACCAUUCAGCAAGUGGCUGACUUGGUUAUCAGAAAGACACGGCGGAAUUCUAUUUUCCAGCAAGGGCUCUUCAGGAACAAAGUUAUCUGGUUGGGCAUCAUCUCCCAGGUUGGAAUUGCUUUGAUUCUGUGUUAUGGUCUCGGAAGUGUGAAUGCCUUAAACUUCACACCUCUCAGGUUUCAGUAUUGGUUUGUAUCUAUGCCUUUUGCCAUCUUGAUAUGGGUCUAUGAUGAAUUCCGCAAGUUGUUCAUCAGGCGGUACCCAGGAAGUUGGUGGGAUAAAAAUAUGUAUUACUGAGAAUGCCUUCAAUCCCUCCUCAUUUCUCCUUGCUGGGGAGUGUCUCUUCUGCCAUCUAAGGCUUGAAGGUCCUUGGUGUGUGCAAUAUCAACCAACUGCAAAGAUUCUUAUCAGAGCAAAGAACUAAAAGACUCUUGGAUGGAUCGACUCCGUACUGUAAAAUCUUGUCCUUGGAUUAUCGACUUGAAUGCUGCUUUUGUAAUACCUAACCCCUUGUUCAAAGUGUACAAAGUUUAAAGAAAAGAAAACCAUGUUGUAUAUAGAAUGAAAGAAAUCACGUUCAUUGCAAUAAUAAUGUAAAUGACUUGCACUAGGUUUCUUAAUAUAUAUAUUUUUGUUGUUGAGAAUUAUUAUGACACGGUCUGUGGCAACCCAACUGUGAGCUUA